AUGUUUUCUUAUAAUUUAGAGUCCAAUAAUGCAGGUUAUUUAAAUAAUCAUCAUAGCCUUCACCACCACCACCACCACAAUAACAACAACAACAAUAAUAAUAAUAAUACUAGCUCAAUUACUACUAACAAUAAAAGCAAGGCUCAUUUACAGGAACAGAAACAACGACAAAAUCAGGAACACGAACAAAAUCCUCGCAAUCCUCAGGUUUAUCAAAACUAUCAUUUCAUCCAACAACAACAACAUUUUCAAUACUUACAAAAUGCUCUUGCAAACACCAUGAGCCAACUUCAACACCAUCCACCAUACCAUGGUCAUGCUGUUUUCAAACCCAAUUACAUGCAAGAUGUUUUUUUAAAUGACUCUUGUUCAUUAGGCUCCCCAGUUAACUCAAUUGAAAAUUCAGGCUGCACUACAACCAAGACAACACCAAUUAUUCCUCCCAUGUCGUUGAAUGACAAUGUGUUGCCACCGCCUAACCAUCAUGAUUUUGAAACAUUUAUGGGCAACAAUUUUGUCGACUACACCAGUACUUAUAACCCGGAGCAUGCUUUACCUUCACCUCUGUCGCCACUAACUAUGGUUGGUAGUGACUCUAGACGUCAUGAAGAUUACAUGAACUUUGCUUCGACAUUUUCGGUCCAUCCUGCGUCCUCAAAGUGUGCAAUUCAACCUAAUGCUAACUCCAAUCAAGAAUUUACCAAAGGUUAUCCAAACCCAAACUCUUUGGUUUAUAAUACAACUAAUAAUUGCGUUAUUAACAGAAACAGCAACACCACUGAUGCUAACAACAACAACAACAAUAGCAGCAACAAAUAUCCUUUAAUUGAAUAUAAAGAUAAUAGGAUGAUGGAAAUGACCACCCCAGAAUCCCCACAUAAACGGAACCUGUUGCCUAAUACUCGGGUACCAAUCAUUCCUACCUCACCCACCUUCCCAAUUGCAUUGAACUUAAUUCAUAGUAACUCUAGUGCCAAAAGACAUAAAUCUUUGGGCUCUGCUGCCUCCAUAUUACAACCGCCAUUGGAAGAUAACAAAUUAAUCAAUAAUGGCCAUGCAGAACCAAUGAAGAGAAAAUUAUUAUCAAGAUUUUCGUCACGAUUAAUUCAAAAAUUGAGGCUUGCUGAAAGUGAUAUGAAAUGUCGUAAGCAUUGCAACACUAGGUUUGGAAAUUAUUUAGAAUUGAUUGACCAUUUUGAAGGACACGGAUUACAACGCUAUUUACUGUCAAGAACUUUUAUUUGUCCAGUUAAGGAGUGUCCUAUGAAUAUGAUUGGUUUUGAUAAACGGGCCGAGUUGAGACAUCAUGUCCAUUCUGAUCAUGUCACUCAUGGUUUGGUCAGCAUUCAAUAUGCCAAAUACAGUAAAGAGAUUAAAGAGUUUUUAUUUGUUUGUGACGAAGAAAAUUGUGGAAAAGGUUUUUAUAGAAGUGAUACAUUGACUAGACACAUUAAAUUGGUCCAUAAACGUGAAAAGCAUCUUACAAAAAGAAAAAGAAGACAAGUGGUUGCCCAUCAAGAUGAUAAGGCAAUUAAAAAAUCUAGGAGUUAA